AUGGCUGUUCUCGUUCUAAUCUCAGUUCUUUCUAUCAGUGUCCCCUCAACAGCUGUCGCUGCCCAGAUCAGGCUGGUGAAUGGGAACAGUCGGUGCUCAGGUCGAGUGGAGGUGUAUCUCUCUUUCCUUUGGUAUAAGGAGUGGGUAACUGUGUGUGAUGAUGCCUGGGACAUGAGUGAUGCUGAGGUGGUGUGCAGACAGCUGGGGUGUGGCACUGCUGUUUGUGCCCCUGGAAAAGCCUUCUAUGGUGCAGGGACUGGAGGGAUUAUUAUGGAUGAUGUUGUAUGUUCUGGUACUGAACAGUCUCUUACCCAGUGCUCCUACAACACAAAGCAUGACUGUAAGCAUAAUGAGGAUGCAGGGGUGGUGUGUACUGCUACAGGUCCCUCCAUCUCUCUCUUCUCAUCAUACUCAGCACUCUCAGCUGGAGAGACUCUUCAGAUCAGAUGCUCUAGGAGUGUAUACCAGUGCAAUGGCAACUUACUUCUGUACAGAAAUGGAGUUUACGUGAAUUCAGAGGCUCUUAGUUCCUCCCAGAGCAGUGCUACGUUCACUCUGUCUAAUGUGGACUCCUCUCACCAGGGCAGUUACACAUGUACCUACUCCUCCUCCUCUACUCAUAGCCAGCCCAUCAGCAUCACUGUAGACCUACAGGAGGUGCAGUACUGUUUACAGUAGACUAUGAUAGAACAGAAAAAGUUUUACAGCAUUGCAGUGAACAACAU